AUGCAAGCCUAUUUAUAAAAUAUCAAGAGAUCCAACAGAGAUCUGCAAAGGUAAACUUAGCAAUCUAGAACCCGUACUCAGCAAACUUACAGUUAUCCUACGUAUCAAACAAAAGCACCCACAUAGGCUACUACUGCAACUCGAUAAACAACAACUACUACAACUGUAAGGACAACCACUCCAGCUCCCUAAAUAAUUUAUACCUAUGCUGCAACUACAACUAGAUAUACCACACAAUACACCUACACAACUUAAAGAGCAACAUACUACACAUAGAAGCCUACAGCUUAAGUUACAUCCAAAACCACAGAACCGGCUAAAAUAAAUUAUGUCUCUACCAACAACUAAGAUGGGUAAAUAUAUCAAUAAGAUGGUUCCUCUUAACAAGGAGGCUCUUCAUUCAUGAUUCCAUUCAUUAUUGCAGCUUGUGGCAUUGUAUUCCUUUUGAUUUCAGCUGUGAUAUUUGUAAGACUAUACCGAACGCAUAUGGCUAAAUUGAAGUUGAAGUCUGAGGCAGUAGUAGAUUUGAAUGCACUAAGUCGAAAGCCCAGAUCUUCAAGGGAAUCGAACACAAAUCUACUUUAAAUUUCUCAGAUAAGACCAGGUAUCCAUUCUACUAGCUCCUAAAUUUAGAUUUUAAAUUAGCAGCAAUAAUUAAGACUCGCUCAUGUUGUAAGUUAGAACGCUGUACCUCAAAAUCAGUCUAUUUUGGGAGCAUCUUUCGCGGAUGUAUAAUUACUUAAUGCUACUCAAAUUGGGUUUAUUAACCACAGGAGCAAUAGAGUUAGAAACAGCUAAAAUAAUCUAAGCUCUGUUCAUGUAUUUCCUAUUGAUAUGGUAAAUUAUGAUGAAGCUAAUAAUCAGAGAUUAACGAAUUAACAAAGACAUCAAUUAGAAAAAGCAAAGAAAGCUCAAAGAACGAAGCAGAAACUGAUAUCUAUUCUUGAAAACUACACGAUGGAGGGUAAGUUUGAUAAGAAUUUUGCAGAGUUUGGAGAAAUAAGUUGUGUAAUAUGCUUUGACGACUUUGACGCAUGCAUUAUUAGAAAAAUUAACAGAUGCGGACACUUAUUCCAUAAUACCUGCCUUGAAAACUGGAUUUCUAUGCAUAUAAAUGACUCUAGAUGUCCUCUUUGCAAUCUUGAUAUUAAAAUAGUAGAUAAUGACCUUCAUCACAACUAAAUACUUUGA